AGUAAGUGGAGAAUAUCAGAUAGAGGUGACAUAUCAGUUGAGUCUGUGCUGUGUGAACACUUUGGCCUUUAAUAUUUACAAACGGGGACGGCAGUAAACCAUCUGACAUCUGACACACAUGUCGGGCUUUAGAGGUACAAGGAUGAACUUCUCCAGUCUGCUAACUCUCUAAAAGGAACGAGGAACUGAUUCAAAGAGACUUCUGUUUUCUCUCUGACCACGUUUGGAUUUUGUAAUAUUUUAAUGUAACUGGUUACUGGUUAUAAUGGCACAUAAUAUCUUGCUUCACAUAUUGUUUGUGAUAGAGAUAAUAUCUAAUUAAACACAGUAUUUGAAAAGAGGGACAAAUAGCAGAAAUACAGUCUGCAAUGUCAUACAUUUCGUGUUUGUCUUUGUGUAGUUCUUAAAAACAUGAAAAAUUAAAGUAUAAAAACUCAGAACUACAAAAAUCUAGUCUUUCAUGUUAAUUCAGUUUGAAUAAUAUUACUAUUGAAUAGUCAAAUGAAAGUCUGUUUAAAUUAAAUGUAACUUCCAGAAUAAACAUUAAAGAAAGUGUCUUAUAUAGUUAACACAGUCAAAGUUAUGAUUCAACUCAAAAAUCCAUGAAGGAUGAAAGCGGUCUUAACAACAUUAUACCAGUCCUCAUGUUCUGUAUUGUAAAUAAUCUUGGAUUGAGUUUUUUUUUUUUAAGUAUCAGCUUGGUAAACAGGUAGAAUUUCCUUGUAAAAAGAAGAAAUAAUCCACGAGUCAACUCUUUGUAAAACAUGUUUAGUUUAUGUAUUCAUGGUGAUUCUGUAUUACUGUCAGUUCCUCUGAAGAGCAUUGAGGUGGAGCUGGAGGUGAGGGACCAUGUGGCUACAGUGGUCUCCACCCUGAACUACGAGAACAAGAAGAACAAACCAUUAGAGGCUGUUUUUGUCUUCCCUCUGCCUGGAGACGCUGCUGUCUGUCAUUUCAGUGCUAAGAUCGGACAGACACAGAUUGUAGCUGAGGUGAAGGAGAAACAGAAGGCUCGUGAGGAGUAUGAUGAUGCUCUGAGCUCGGGUCAGCAGGCCUUCCUAUUGGAGGAGAGUGAUCAGAGUCCAGAUAUAUUCUCUCUGAGUGUGGGCAGUCUGCCUCCAGGAGAGAGCGCCUCCAUCAGGUUGGAGUAUGUGACUGAGCUGGCUGUGCAGGCUGAUGAUGGUCUAAGGUUCUGUCUGCCUGCUGUGCUCAACCCUCGAUUCAAUCCUCAAAUAUCGGGGUAUGAAAAACACUUGACACUAGCAGAAACCCUCAAAUUCAAACAUGUAAAAGGUUUCAUAACUACAUAUGUGGAAAUAAGUAAGAUAUUACAUGGAAUUAUUUACAUGUUAACCGAAAAAUAACUACUGUAAGUCAUUCCAUCUCAAAUUGGACAAUUUGUAGAAUCUUUUCUGCUUGAUUGUCACUGAUUUGAAUAAAAUUUUUAUGAUACAAAAUUUGAGCAGCUAUAAUUAUUGCAGUCAAAAUUUUGUUUUAUAACUAAAAUACUUUUCAACAUACAUAUUUUUGAAAAAUGACUCGUGCACCUACUUAAAUGGCAUUUUUUUCAUACAUUGAAACUGCAGCAAUGUUUGAACAUGAAGGUUGAUUCUGUUCAUCUGGUUGUAGCGUUUUCAGCGAGAGAAACGUUUCAUCACUCAUCAAGACUUCUUCAGUCUCACCUGACU